CACGGCCGUGCAAGUGACCAGUUUGGCCGUGUGGGAUUGUGAGAGAGCAAACACGGGCAGAGCAGAAAAUCCACAUGGCCGUGCAAGGUGAGUUGCACGGCCGUGCAAGGUGAGCUACACGGCCGUGGGACCCUGGCCGUGCAAGAAGCCUGGAAUUCAACUAAUUGAUGCGCUGCGUUUUCACUCGCACGGGCAACUGGGUGAGCCACAGGGCCGUGCGGCCUGCCCGUGCGAGUCGGGAUUUUCUGCUUUUAAGCAGAUUUUCAGCCACAAGUCGGGGGGAUUCGAGUUUUAGAGAGACAGAGCGAUUCCUAGAGAGAGAAAGCGACGAACAAGAGUCUCCAAGUGCCCUAGCUUGAUCUUCAACACCAUUGGAGGCCAGUUUGAGCUUGGAGAAGUGCUGAUCAACGUCCAGGAGCAGGAAUCCAUCCUUCACAGUAUGAAUUCCGCGUCUGAUUCUGCUUUUGCUUCUUUCUCCAUGGAGUAGUUCUCCCAUUCAUCUGGGUAUGGAGAACCCUAGAUUUGUAUGUUAGGCUUUGAUUGUAUGAACCCAAGUACUGAUUCUAUGAGUUGAUUAUAUUCGAUUGAGGUUUGAAUGAUUGAAUGGCAUGAAUCCUGAUCAAAUUCCUGUUGUUUCUGCUUUAACCUAGAAUGAGAAUAUCUGCCUAGGUUGAUAGAGCAUCCUUGAUUGAAGGUGGGGAGUUGGUGACUUUAGUCGAGGAGCCAACUCACUAUUCUGUACCGGAUUUACUCCGGUAGUGGAGGUUUUGUUUGUUAAGGCCUCAAUCUGUUUACUCCGGUGGAGGUUCGUCGCCCGCUAGAGACUCAGAUUGAGAGGAUCUGAAGACCUUUAGUCGAGACUUCAGGCAGUUAAGAACCUUCCGCAGUAUAACUAUCAUAGAAACUGAACUUGGUAAUUACAAUCCGGCUUAACUGCAGUCUAGGGGGAACCAUAUCCGGGUGACCUCUUUUAACCUGAAUACAACAUUUUACUUGCUUUGUUAGUUUGUUAGUUUAGACUUGCAUUCCAUUUUCAUUGCUAGAUAACAAGAAUUCACUGAGUAGUCAUCAAAUCUAGGACCCGGGUUGAUAACUAAACCCAAACACGCUAUACUACGCUUUAGGAAGUGGUUACACUUGGCCAAUUCCUAGAGUGACACUAGAAGUGAGUCACUAAGCCAGUGGUUUGCCCCGGCUACGUGCGCAGCAAUUAAAGCUAUUCCCCUGCCCAGGCAAAGCGUGGAGGAUCGCCUCAUUUGGCAUUACUCUCCUGAUGGGGUUUUUACCGUAAAAUCUGCCUAUCACCUUGCGGUUAAUCUUGAUCAGAAACGAGGUCGCUGGCGGUCUGUGGUGAAUUGAAUGGAUAAGUCCAGUUGGAUUCGACUUUGGGAGGCAAACGUUCCGCCUAAGCUCAAAGUCUUCAUCUGGCAGGUUUUCCAUCGCAUCCUCCCUACUACAGAGGCCUUGCGGGAAAAGGAGGUUCCGGUGCUUCCUCGUUGCCCGGUUUGCUGGGCAGAGUCAGAAACGAUGGAACAUUUAUUUCUAGACUGUCCAGUGGCGAGAGCUUUGUGGGAGUAUUCGGGGAUUGGAUUUUCUGGAUGAAGGGUUGCCGAGGCAUACUUUCCCACUGUUUCUCAAAAAAUUACUCUCUCGGGUGAGUGAACCUUCUAUGCUCAUGGAAGUGGUAGCCAUCCUAUGGAGGAUCUGGCGGUCCAGAAAUUGGGUUGUUUUCGAAGGGAAGCAGUUUGGGGUCCCUGUGCUCCUGCGUCAAUUCCAUCAGCAAGUCGAGGAGUGGGUCCGUUUGCCAGUUGAGCCGGUUUCCCGGUCCUUGCUUCCCCUACCCCGGAUGUCCAAGUCUGCUCAGGCGGACGCAGUGGUGUGUCAGUGGGAUGGGGCUACUAGUCAUGGGACGCAUUCGGCUGGCGGAUUUGUAAUUUUCAAUUCGGCUAGGGAGGUCCUCUUUGUGCAAGGAAUCCAGUUCCCAGGUGUGCAGGACCCUACUGUGGUGGAGUUACUAGCCCUGAGAGAGGCGCUUUUAGGAUGCUUAGGUCACGGGGUCGAGGAUGUGAGGUUUGAAGGAGACGCAAAGACUGUCAUUGACAAAAUCAACCAGGCGGACUCCAGGGAUAGCCGGAUGGGUGCUGUGCUUGAAGAAGUUAUUCAUUAUUUUGCAGCUCAUCCUGGGUUUUCGAUUAGAUUUGUAGGUCGGAGGAACAAUAGGGCAGCCCAUCUAGUGGCUCGAAAGGCCCUCACAUUGUAUCCGGCUACGAGUCGUUUCUUUGAUUUUCAGGCCUGGCUUAAUUCCAGAAUGUAACUCUUAUCUCUUAUCAAUCUACUUGAUUAUCUUUUGUCCAAAAAAAAAAAUUGUAGGCGAAACAAGGUCAUCAAGUUCUAGUGGAUCACGAACAAUUAAGGUUCUUCAAUUCCGGUAGGCAUGUAUAUAUAGGCUUAUACAUGGAUUCUUGAGGCCUUGAACAAGGUUGAAUGCUUAAACAAGUUAUCCCUCGCUUUGCAUAUCAACGGCCGAUAUUAACAGCCUCUUACGCCAACAUCUGUCAGGGAAACGGUAGGGAAGAGAUCAGAUUGAAGGCGUGAUUAAAUCACUCUCCUUAGAGUGUUAUUUGCCCCCAAUACAAAUUGCUGGUAGGCUCGAGCAAACCACCCCCAGGAGUCCCUUCAAUUUUAAGUCUGGAAGCAUGACACGCCAAAACACAACACCAAACUGCGACCAAGUGUAAUCGCAGUCCGGGAAUGCAGUAAAGUGGCAAGUUCUAUUAUCAACCCGGGGUCUAGAUCUACUGCUUACUCUGUGAUUAUCUAUUAUCUAACCAAGUUAAGUGAUUGUGGUUUAAGCAAAAGCAGGAAAAAAAGCAGGAAUUGGUUUGGUUUUCUCAAGCAAAGAAGAGUCACUCGGGAAUGAGUCCCCCUAGCUCCUUAGUUAGGUCUCAAUUGUAAUUACCCUGGGUUGAUUUACUGUUGAUUAGACUACGGAAGAUCCGACAGUAGCUUGGAAUCUCUUAAGCUUACCAAGCCCUCUCAGUCUAACUACCCGGCAGACGACUAGUCUUCACCGGGAUAGAAAGCUGAAGCAAUAAGCACAGAACUCCACUACUGGAAUUGGAUUCCAGUACAAAGCAGUAAACUGGCUAACUCUCGUAUAGCCAAUCUCCUACUACCGAAUGAUGAGGCUCUAACAACCUAAUCAGAUUCUAUCUAUCUCAGGUUGCAGCAGAAAUCAAGAAAAGCUGAUCAGACUUCAAUCAAUUCAAUAAACAUGCAUCAUUCGAUUAAAACCAAACAGUAUAAUCAUCCCAAAUCAUUACAAUCAAAUUCCUAACACAUGGAACUAGGGUUCUUCACACCCAAGUGAGAGAAGGGUUCUACUCCAUAGAGAGAGAGAGAGGAAAACAGAAUACAAAGCAGUCAUACUCAUAACAAUGGGAAGAAUCUGCUCUGGGAUAAUGAUUUCCACUCCUAUGACGAUCUCCAAGCUCGAUUUGAUGAAACCCAGCUCCAAGAUGGCUUUUAGGAUGUGUUCUUCGUACUUUCUCUCUCUAGGGCUCUGUUUUUGCUCUGAAAAUCCGAUUCUCUCACUUGUGGCCCGAAAUUGGGUAAAAACCAGAAAUUCCCGACUCACACGGGCAGGCCACACGGUCGUGUGGCAUACCCAGAUGCCCGUGUGAGGUCAAAACGCCGCGUUCCGAUUAUGUGGGUUUCAGGCUUCCUACACGGCCAGGGGCACACGGCCGUGUAGCUCACCCAGCCUGGCCGUGUGAAGCCUCGCAGAAUUCCACACGGCCAAAUCACUCCUUCACAGGGCCGUGUGGUUUGUAUUUGUGCCCGUGUGAAGGCUCGCACAAUCCCACACGGCCACAUUGGUCACUUGCACGGCCGUGUGGGUUUUGUGUGUGCCCGUGUGGCUUCCUUUGCGACUUGCCUCGCAUCCCAUCUUCGUCCAAUCGACCCCGAACUCGCUCCUAAACCUUCAUUCACUUACUAGGACCUGAAAUAUCACAAACAAGCACAACCUAGCGUGAAAUCGGCCUAAAACACGAGAAUCAACACCUCAAACGGCUCCAGAAUAGGGGUAAAAACAUGUGCAAUUAACGGCUUAUCAAAGCAGCAAUCUUGCAGACUUCUGUGUUUGUGAAAUAGAGAAGGAAAACCGGAAGAAGAUGUAAUCUCACGUUCUCAAAAGAGUCAUGACAAUCAUCUAUUUAUAGUUGUGAAAACUGGAAGUUACCUUCCGAAGAGUCACAUCCUUUCACAAAACAAGGUAGUUACCUCUCACGAAAGGACACAUCCUUUCACAGAAAAGAGGGAGUUACCUUUCUUGAAGAACACUUCUUUUCACAAUAUUCAAACAUUAAUUAAUUAAUAUAACUGCCAAAAUACUCCAUCUUUAUACUUUACUUCUCCCAUCAAUGUCAUAUUACAACUCUAUCGACUAACUCUAACAACAUCAACUAUAUAUUUAUCAUCCACCAAGGAAUGCACUCCAAGAGAAACCCUCUUGAGGAUUAAUGUUCGACAAAAUACUGAAGAAUCUCAAAGAACGUUAGAGGAUGCCAGACAGUAGUUGAACGAUUCAUUCCUCUCUUACAACCAUUAAGUAACCAAGUAUCAUCAAUUGCUUGGGUGAAAAUUGGUACGAAGAUUUAGGUUUUUCUUCCUCUUGACUCUUGAGUAUGGUAUCCUAAUCAUAAUAAUAAUAUUAUUAUUAUUAUUAUUAUAUAAAGCUGAAAUUUAGUUAGUGUUGCCUAAGAAUAUACUAUUUUGAUACUUCAAAUUUUAUUAAAUUUCAACUUAGUCAUUAUAAUGUACAUUUUAUAUUUUGAUACCUCAAAUUUAAUUUUAGUGUAAAAUCAUUGAACAAUCAUGUUUUGGUUUCUAAAUUUUACGAGAUUUUCGUAACUACACCAUAACAUAAAAGUAUAAAUUUAGUUUGUAUCAUACAAGAUGUUGUAUCACUCAACUGUAGGAGAAGAUUCAACCAUUUUACAUUUGCUCAUUAUGUGAAACAUUGCAAAAGAUAAAAGAGAGACGAUUCUAAAAUAUUGCAAGAGCGAAUUUAAAAGCUCAUUUAGUACAUUUACCGGGUACUAAACAAACUUCUACUAAUUACAUGUAACAAUAUAUGCGACAUCUACAUAAGCAAGUGUAAAUAAAUUGCUACGGUGAAAAGGGUUGAUUGUUGUAUUGACGGCCAACUAAAAGAAUUGGUCAAAAUCUUUCCACCAUCUACUUCCUCUUUUUUUUUUUUUUAUGAAUGCGAUGAACUUUAUUAAACCAAAAAUAAAGACAAAGGGAACAGCAGCCAGAGCAGCGCCCCACAAGUGGUGGAGCGAGCCGGGUCCAAGAAGAACAACAGGGGACAAAGGAAGCCAAAAAAAAAAAAAGCAAACGAGAAGAUGAAAACAGUAGCUAACAAGCCUCAAUCAAGGCCAAACAAACCGGGAAGAGACAGGUCGACCCUUUCUUUAUUUCUUUCUUUGCCUUCUUUGUCUAACCCUCAUUAGUAUACUAUUUUUAUGUAUUCUAAUCACAAGUAUGAACGGGUCCAUACACGACUGACCAACAGUCUGGAGAAUUAUUAAUUGAAGCAUGAACCACAAACUUCUUCAGCUCAAUGUUGAAUCCAAUUAAAAACAAGUAUAUAUGGUUAUUACUUAUUAGAAAGUCGUCAUUUUGCACUACGGGAUUUGAAGGCGUGAAAUUUUAAGCAAGUUCCAGUUUGUAUACCUCUUGCUUCUCUCUAGAGUUUUUCUUUUUCAUUCGGGCUAGAAUGUUCAACAAUUAUACAUGGAAUUUUCAACAAUUAUACAUAUCAAAUUAAUAGUAAAAAAUUAGCAUAUUAAAUACAUCACCAUAAAAGGAAUUAAGCCUCAACUAUGCAAAUUAAAGUUGGGUACAUAAACUUAAUAGAUCUUUAGAUUUAUAGCCUCAUUUUUUUCGGCAUAUAAGUCCUCAAAAUAUUGAUGGAACAAUAUAUUUUAGUACCUAAAAUUUUUGUGUAUUACAUUUUAGUACUUGAACUUUUGAAGUUCUACAAAUAGGUCUAAUUUUUGUAUGUACGUGUAAUUAAAACACCCUCGAAUAAAUGGAUAUAUAUACCCAACUCAUACAUAUUUUAAUUAUGAAAUUGAAUAUCCAUACCCUACCCAAAACUUAUCUACAAACUUCCAAACCCAUAUAUACGUCACUCAUACCCUACCCAUAAUCAAUGGGUCUACUUAGGUUUAGGUAAAUAUAAUUUAUUAGCCAAAAUUUUCAAAAAUUUUAAAUUGGAUGUUGACCGCUACAUUUCUCUUCUCAGACAAUAAUUAUAUUUUCAAAUCAAUAUUUCUAACAAAAUUGCUAACAAAAAAUUAAAUUUAGG